AUGUUUCAACUACCCGCUAGAUGUGUCGGCACUGGGCGGGCGUUUUCUACCGGUGCGGUUUUUCGUGGGCAUGACAACCCUUUAGGGCUCCCACGUUCUGGUACCCCGCCAGCAUUUCGUAGUCGCCGUGGAGUUGGACCUCCCGAGAAGCGGAAAAUACGUGAUGUUAAGAAAGUAGUGGCCGUAUCAUCUGCGAAGGGUGGUGUGGGAAAAUCGACAGUUGCUGUGAACCUCGCCCUCGCAUUUGCCCGUCGAGGAAUCAAGACCGGAAUUCUCGAUGCCGAUAUCUUUGGCCCGUCUGUUCCAACACUACUGAAUCUCUCUGGCGAACCUCGUCUUGACAAUAACAACUGCCUCCUCCCACUCACAAACUAUGGACUCAAGUCCAUGUCAAUGGGCUAUCUACUACCACAAACACAAACCGACAAUGCAACGGGUGAAGUACCCAUGGACACAACACCAAUAUCCUGGCGCGGCCUUAUGGUAACAAAAGCAAUGCAUCAACUACUUCACUCAGUUUCAUGGGGUCCAUUAGAUGUCCUCGUCAUGGACCUUCCACCGGGGACCGGCGAUGUACAACUAACCAUCAAUCAAGAAAUUAUCAUCGAUGGCGCGGUGAUAGUAACUACGCCGCAAGACAUUGCCCUCCGAGAUGCUGUGCGCGGAUUUGGAAUGUUCCAACGCAUGGAUGUCCCUGUACUCGGCAUGGUUCGCAACAUGGCUUACUUCGCAUGUCCCAAUUGUGGCCAUGAGACCCGCAUUUUCUCUCAUGGCGAUGGCAAUCAUUCGCAUGGUGAGGAUCGUGGCGUUUUGGCCGAGUGUAAGCGAUUGGGGGUUGAUUUCCUUGGUGAUAUUCCCCUAGAUGCGCGAGUGUGUGAAGACGCCGACCGCGGAGUACCCACCAUGGUGGCGGAGGAAUCAGUUGAUAGUGCUCGGCGUCAGUCUUUCCUCGCUGUCGCUGAACAAGUGGCCCAGAAAAUUGGACUUGACUGGCGUUGA